AUGAAUUCCCCAUUCGGUGCUGAAACCAAGAUUUUUAAUACUUUCAAGAAGCGGGAUAGACUAAUCAGCGAUACUGACGGGGGAUCAUUGAAUGCUGGGUUCUUCAACCCCGUAAAUUCCAUGGUUAACACCCCUGCCACAUCCUACGACACCGAAUUGAAACGGUUGUCUCGUUCAAAAUCAUUCGAAUUUAAGAAUUCCAAUCUUAUAGACUGUAAAAAUUUGGGGCUUACCGAUUACAAUUCUAGUCUACCCCAAAGUACCGUGAAACAGCCACCCUGUGAGUGCGCAGGCAAGGUACUAGCUCUACUAAACCAACUACUAACAUACUGCGAUACAUUGCAGAAUGAAAGGGAUAAGGCGUUGGAAUCGCUUAGGGUGGAAAGGGAAUGCAAGACUAGGUCGAUAUCGCUACUAAACGAAUCUAUUGCUAGGGAAAAACAGCUUAUCAAGGAAGUGGACAACCUUAGGGAUAAGUUCAACAGUCUUAAACAAUAG